AAACAGUUGACAGCACUGCUUGGUAUACUUUAACAUUGUCAAAAAUCAUAUGGCGUCCGCAAAAGCAUAAAAUUGUAAGAAACUUAGUAGGAAAUUGGUUUUGGUACACAUAGGAACAAACGGUUUCAUUUAAGUUAAAAUGACUGGACGCGAGGGCGGUAAGAAAAAGCCAUUGAAGCAGCCCAAAAAGGAUUCAAAAGAAACCGAUGAGGAAGAUGCGGCUUUCAAACAGAAACAGAAAGAACAGCAAAAAGCGCUUGAAGCUGCGAAACAGAAAGCUGCCAAAGGUGGACCAUUGGGUGGAGGAGGUAUCAAAAAAUCCGGAAAGAAGUAAUCCAUCCUUUUAGAUUAAUCAAGGACCUCGUGAUGUGACAAUCUAACCUAUCACGAAAAAUGUGUGCAUCUAUUAAGCGCAGAUUUCUUCAAUUCCAUAAUGUUCUUUAUACACAGCGUCAAUAGAUAACAAAAUAAAACGGAAUGCGUCGCAGUUUUAA